GAGUCAGGAGAAGCCCGCGGUAUUGGCUGUCGGAGGCACGCGACCAGCAUUCCAACUGUCGGGCUCGGGUCACUCUCCGGAAUCUCCGCCCUCUUCUUUACGGCGUUUGCGCCACUUGUCCGGCCUGUGCGCUGCCCGCCAGUCAGCCGGCAGUCGGGCUCUGGCUGAGUGAGUGCGCAUGCGCAUGGGAACUGGGGUAGCUGCGGUUACCGACCGUUUCCCGUGUGAAUGAUUUAGAGGGGCACAAGAAAAUGGCCGCGGCCGCGAGAAGCAGAGUGGGGGCAAGGCCCUGAUUUGAACGCAGAGCGGACUUCCUGCGCCGGGGGGUGGCGUGAGAGCGCUCGUGGCCCAGGCGUCCUGCGAACCAGACUCCGCUUCCUCCCCGCAGCCAGCGCCUCGGCCCCUCCUGACUGGAGUGAAAGGGAAGCGCCGAGACAGGUGUGAAAAAAUGGCAAAGAGAAUUGCAGAGAAGGAGUUGACUGACAGAAAUUGGGAUCAGGAGGAUGAAACUGAGGAGGUGGGAACUUUCUCAGUGGCUAGUGAAGAAGUCCUGAAGAACAGAGCUAUUAAGAAAGCAAAGCGCAGAAAUGUUGGGGUUGAGUCUGACAAUGGAGGAGCUUUUAAAGGGUUUAAAGGUUUUGUUUUACCUUCUGGAAAAGGAGGUGGUGGCUUCACUGGAUUUGGUAAUGGUACAGAAAUGAAGCCUUUAGGAGGGCUGUCCAAUGGAAGCAGUGGUAUUUCUAGUACUCCCUCUUUCACUAGUGUAAAGACUGUUUCUGAAGUACAGCCUGCAUUUGUAGGAUCCGUGACAUCAAAUGGUCCCACCACCACAUUGGUUGAGAAAAAGUCUUCAGGCACAAAAGUUAAUGGUGACAGUCAACAAUCCUCAUCUUCUGGUUACACUCCAAAUAAAAUGUGCAGCUCUGGUGUUUAUCACAAACAGUUAGCAGCUCUAAACUGUUCUGUGCGUGACUGGAUAGUAAAGCAUGUAAACACAAAUCCACUCUGUGAUCUGACACCCAUAUUUAGAGACUAUGAGAAAUAUUUAGCAAGCAUUGAACAACAUCAUGGAAGCAGUAGUGAUAGUGGCUCUGAAAAUGAAAGCAACAAAACAACUGGAACUCAGUCUGUUCCUAUGUUUGGGACUUCGAAACUUCAGCAAGGAUCAACGUUUUUGUUUAACAGCAACAAAACUGAGGAUGAAUCAGACAAGAAAACUGAAUCUACAUCGGAGAAGAACAGGGAAUCACCAUUAGGAGUUGCAUCAAAUAUCUCAUUUAAUUUUGGCAAGAAUGUUGAUAGUUCUAUUUUGGGUUCACUUGGUUCUGGCACACUAACUAGUUUUUCAUUCUCCCCUGGGAAUUCGGGUGUAUUUGGAAAAGAUGCAAAGCAGGGAAAGUCUGUCUCCACGCUUUCCACCAGGGUAUUGGAACCUCAGACAGAAAGUGGAAGUAGUGAGGAUAAAGGAGGAGAUGAAGAGGACGAAGAGCCACCAAAAACAGUUGUUAACGAAGUAAAAGAAGAUGAUGCCUUCUACUCGAAGAAGUGCAAACUGUUCUACAAAAAAGAUAAUGAAUUUAAAGAAAAGGGUGUAGGAACGCUGCAUUUAAAACCUGCAGGAAAUGAAAAAACUCAACUGCUGGUACGAGCAGACACCAAUUUAGGUAACAUACUAUUGAAUGUGUUGGUUCCGCCCAAGAUGCCAUGCACAAGAACAGGAAAAAACAACGUUCUUAUAGUCUGUGUUCCCAAUCCACCAAUUGAUGAGAAGAAUUCCGCUGUCCCUGUCACUAUGUUAAUAAGAGUGAAAACAAGUGAGGAUGCAGAUGAGUUGCACAAAAUUUUACUGGAGAAAAAGGAGGCCUAAAAAUAUUGCAGUCAAAUGCUCUGAGAAAUUACUGCUAAACUGCUGCUGCUCUUUUUUUUUAACUGCUUAACUCUCUACUCUGACAUUCUAAGAACUGUUACAAGAAUUCUGAAAAGCUUUUGUGAGGAAAAGCAAAAAUGGCUAAUAAAAGCUUUAACUGAACACAAGAGUCCAUCUGUCCUCCCUCCUUUUUUUUGAAUAUCUAAUGUUUGAACCAUAUUUGGAUAAAAUUUGUACAUUUAAAUUAAAGUGAUUGCUGGAUGGACUGAAAUCAAAUACAAAAUGUUGUACCACAUGUUUUUCACAGGCUUUAAGGUGAAGUGCAGCAAGCUCCUUUUUUUGAAAAAGGAGGCGGCUAAAUUGUUUAACUCUUGAAACUAUUUCUAGACUGAAUAGAUUGAUUUUGUAUU